CGCGGCCCCUCCCCGGCUCUUAGGCAGCGCGGCGGGGCGGGGGGCGCAGUGCCGGUGCUCUCGCCGCCCCCGGUGCUCCUGCCGCCCCCGGUACUCCGCUCCCCGCCGCCGCACCGCGCCCCGCCGCACCGCCGCCACCAUGGAGGCCAUCAAGAAGAAGAUGCAGAUGCUGAAACUGGACAAGGAGAACGCCAUCGACCGUGCCGAGCAGGCGGAGGCUGACAAGAAGCAGGCGGAGGACCGCUGCAAGCAGCUGGAGGAAGAACAGCAGGGCCUGCAGAAGAAGCUGAAGGGCACAGAGGAUGAGGUGGAGAAGUACUCCGAGUCCGUCAAGGAGGCCCAGGAGAAGCUGGAGCAGGCAGAGAAGAAAGCUACAGACGCUGAGGCAGAAGUGGCUUCUCUGAACCGCCGUAUCCAGCUGGUAGAAGAGGAGCUGGACCGAGCCCAGGAACGCCUGGCCACUGCCCUGCAGAAGCUGGAGGAGGCUGAGAAGGCGGCUGAUGAGAGUGAGAGAGGCAUGAAGGUCAUCGAAAACAGGGCCAUGAAGGAUGAGGAGAAGAUGGAGCUCCAGGAAAUGCAGCUGAAGGAGGCGAAGCACAUAGCGGAGGAGGCCGACCGCAAAUAUGAGGAGGUCGCCCGCAAGCUGGUUGUCCUUGAGGGAGAGCUGGAGCGCUCAGAGGAGAGGGCAGAGGUGGCAGAGAGCCGAGUGAGACAGUUGGAAGAAGAGCUGCGGACCAUGGACCAGAGUCUCAAAUCCCUCAUUGCCUCAGAGGAAGAGUAUUCUACCAAGGAGGACAAGUACGAGGAGGAAAUCAAGCUUCUAGGGGAAAAACUGAAGGAGGCUGAAACCCGAGCAGAGUUUGCAGAGAGGUCUGUGGCAAAGCUGGAGAAAACCAUUGAUGAUCUAGAAGAUGAAGUGUAUGCGCAGAAGAUGAAGUACAAAGCCAUCAGCGAGGAGCUGGACAAUGCACUUAAUGACAUCACCUCCCUCUGAGACCCCCAUCGGGCACCAGCAUUGCACCCCCUGCCUGCCUCACCCCCUCCCCAGCUCGGCUGCUUGCCUGCCUGGCUGCCCCACCAUUCUCCCUGCCCGCUCUGUCCUCCUCUUCCCUUCCUAGCCUGUGCCUGUCUGUCGGUUCCUUUGGGACAGGAGCCGGCCUGGGUGCUCUUGUAAUACCCCUCUUUGGGGGCAGACAAGGUUUAGGCACUUAGGGGUGCUUGGUGGGGCAGGGGAGCUGCCCCUGGGACCCCCAUGGGCUGGGUAGACAGUGCCCAUGCAGUUGCAGGUCCAUGUCCCCGUAUUGCCCAGUGGGGAACAGGGCUGUGCCUAGCAGCCCUUCACUCCAGCAGCUCCCUCUUUGGCUCCCCAGCACCAUAAACACCAGGGACCCCACAGCUCCAGGGCUGGGGGGACCACCUGCCCACUAUGUGCCCCCAGCAAAACCACCCAGUGCUGUUUGCUGGGCCCAGGGUGGGGAGGGGCUGCAGAGGGGAAGCAGCAGCUCCACCGCCAAAGCUCAGGCCCUGGGGAUAGAAGGUUGGGUCUGGCAGCUCCUUCCCAGCCAGGCAGCCCCUAGACCCCAUCUCCUCCCUUGCCCCUGCCUGCCUUCUGUCCUUUGCACAUUGCUCUUCAGUUUGCAUUACAUGACUUUUCUUUUAUGUUCUGUCCCUCUACUGAGUUGGUCUCAAUAAAGCGUUUUCUUUCCUUGGUUUCUCCUUUUGUUUUCUUCAUGCCGCUCUGUCCCUCAUCUCGUGCCUGUCUCAAGCGGGUGCUGGCAAUGGGGUGGUAGGAGGUGAUCAUGGGCAGCUUGCAGCUGCGGGACCCUCGGGAUGGCCCUGGCUGAGCCUCCCAAGCAGCUCCUGUGCUGCCAGGCUGAGCAGGACAGGGCUCUUUGUGCCUCGCCCCAGGGGAUGACUCCCGCCACCCCACUGGCUCUCGUACACAGCUUUCCUCAUCUUGUACCAUCUUCUCCAUGACUGUUUUGGCCUGAAAUAGCAGGGUUAGACCUGGUCCUGUCCAUUCCACAUCCCCACUCCCAGCCAUUGCCUGCAAGCAGCAGUCUCGGCCCUGGCAUCUCUCUUGCAUCACCCUCCCUCGACGAAGGUGCUGACCCUACCAUUCAGCAGUGAUCCCUAUAUAGGUCUCUGCUCCUCUUCCUCCUUCCUCAGCAUCCUACCUUGCCCCACAACCCACUUCCCAAAUUGAUGGACCCACAGUCCAGGACUAGCUGCCUCCUCCUGCCAGCCCGGCUCAUCCCUGCUGCUGCGGGCUGGACAGCUGUAGGAUUUCCAGCGAGGGCUUUGGGGAAUGCUGUCUCUUUUCACUAACUCACAUUUCUCUCUCUCUUCCCUCUGCUGCGCUGACGUCUCUGUUCUCUCUAGAGCGCUCCCGGCAGGAGGCUGAGAAAAACCGCGUUCUCACUAACGAGCUGCGGGUCAUCCUUACAGAACUUAACAACUGACCUGCCCAGAGUUCCCAGCCCCAGCCCAGCCUCCGCACCCACCCCCUUUCAGCCAGGCUGGCUUGGGGCUAGGAGCCCCUGCCCGCUCUCCGCUGGGGCUAGGCGGGGUGUGGAGCCUUGGGGAUAGCUGCCCUGCUUGACGGGGACAGGCAGACCCUCUGGAGCUGAUUAGUUUUCAUUUGGAGAUGAGUGGGGAUUUUUGUGAUGUUCUGGGAAGCCCACGCAGUGACGGCUGUCCCUUGGCAUCAGCCUGGCCUUGCUGGGGAGGGGUGCAGUGUUUUGUAUCACUGCUUUCCUCCCCUUGUUCCAGGAGUUGGCAGCCAGGCUCCUCUUCCUCAGUCUGGUCACCCCAAACUGUGCAGGGGAUGAUCUCCUCAGAGUGGAAUCCCUGCAGGCUUGGGAUAGCAGCUGGGGACCUGACAGCACCCACUGCCUCAAACUUGGGGCAGGGGAUCGGGAAGGGACAGGGAAGAGCCUAGCAGGGAGUUCUGGGAGAUGGGGCUGAGUAGGCAGAGCUCUUGUCCCAUCCCCUUCAACUCCAGAGGAAAGGAGGAUGCCACUUGGAAGCGACCACUGGAGCUCGUCUCUGCAGCCUCAUUAGCUCUGCUCCUUCUGUCUCUGCUGUCCUCUCUGCCUGGGCUGCUGUCUGACUCCUUUUCUUCACGGAGCACUGCUGGGUCACACAGCAGGCACUGGCUCUCCUCUUUCACUGCCCAAGGGUUUGUGGAAAUACCCACAACCACCCUGGGGCUGAAUGUGCUGGUGGCUGGCCAGAGAGUGGUACCCACCAGUGGUACCCACACUGUGGAGGGCCCAGCAUGGGGCCAGGGGCACCAUGGGAAGAUGGAAAUGAUGAAGAGCGAGGACUGCCAGGCCCCAGGGACCGGCUUGGCUGGCCUGGCUGCGCCGGCAGGUCCCGGAGUGGCUGGGCUCAUCCCUGCUGGUGGUGGGGCUGCCUGCAUGGACUCAGCUCCACAGGGAUGCCCUGCUCAGCUGGAGACUGGCACUGUACUGAAAUGUCCAUCUGUGUGUGUGUGUCUCUGCUUGGCGUGGUGUGCAUGGUCCGGCUGCACCUGGGUACACUUGGGAUGUGUCUGUGUGUGUGGUUGGGUGUCCCUUGUAUCCACAGAGAGUCUGGCCAGUGCCAAAGAGGAGAACGUGGGCAUCCACCAGGUCCUGGACCAGACCUUGUUGGAGCUGAACAACCUCUGAGCUGCCCUGGGGAGUCCCCAUCCCUCAUCCCUACCCCACACGUGCACCCCGCUGGCAUGCUCAGGACGUCAUCAGCUGAACUGCGUCUUGGCCAAAUCCACACAUCCAUUGAGAAGGGAAGCCCUGAAGCCUUACACUGUGGCUUGGGGGCGUCUUGUCUGUGCACAGCCUGACUGGCUCUGUCCUGUCUUCAUGUCCAGUUAUUAAAGCAGUUUGACAAAA